AUGUCCUCCACAGCGCAACCCACCAACGUUACACCCUCUGGUAAUGGUUCCGCAGCCUGUAUUCACUGCCACCGCCGCAAAGUACGAUGUGACGCCCGUCUUGUAGGGUUGCCAUGCUCCAAUUGCCGGUCCGCUGGCAAGUCCGACUGUCGAAUUCACGAGAAGAAGAAACGCCUGGCGGUACGAUCGAUACUAGACCCAGUUCCGAUUCGUUGCCGGCCGCCUAGUCAUGAACAUGUUUCAAAGUCGAUUUCUCCCACUUCUCCGUCAACGGAGGUGGCGCCCAAUGCUUUCACAACUGCAUUUCGUGCUGUUCAGCCUGAUAUAACGAACACACCCGGCACUGCGAGUCGCGCCCCGACUGCCCAAAGUCCUAAUCAUAUGUAUGAUACCAAGAGCUCGAGUAAUAACAACCUCAACAAUGGUAAUCGUUAUCAAAACGUUCUGCCGAAUUCGGCUUCUACCGAGUCGACCCGACCCCCGGCCACUGAUGCAUCUGAAGGAGAAUCUCGAGCAGAUAUCGAAAAAAGACUUGUCAAUUUGAUUGAUGAGGGGGCUUCAGAUAGUCGGGAGAUUCAAAGAGGCGUACGGGCAAUAUUUGUCGGGCACGAGCUUUCAAAUAUGUCAUUUUUGAUUCGCCAGCAACGGGAUACUGGGGAUGACGUAUAUCACUUUGCGGGAAAUGAGAUUCCUCGACGGCAGUUAAGAACAGGCCACGACCAGCUACUCGUUGACGCGCUUACGUUACCUGAGCCUGCCCUUGCGGAUGAGCUUGUGGAAGCCUAUUUUAAAGAUGUCAAUACAGGCUAUCCAAUUGUCGACGAAGAUUUAUUUAUGACACAGUAUCGCAAUAGGGAUCCAGCCGAUGCUCCUCCAAUUGUCCUUCUACAGGCUAUAUUACUAGUUGGGGCGCAUGUUACACGCCCCAAGGCCGAACGCGAUGCUCUCAAAGAAAUAUUCUUUCGCCGCGCGAAGUGGUUGAUCGACUAUAGAAUCGAGCGAAACCGUGAUAUUUUGGUCCAAGCCGCACUUUUAAUGACCUGGCACUCGGAUGCAGCCGAUGACGAUGUGUCCGCAAAUGCACACUAUUGGAUUGGGUUCGCUGCUAGAAUCGCCACUGGCCUGGGGAUGCAUCGUAAUCCUGUUUGCAGCAGGUUCGUGCCUCGGGAUCGCCGAAUGUGGAGAAGACUGUGGUACAUCUUAGUACAGUUCGAUGUGAUGGUGUCUCUGUCAUAUGGCCGACCUCAAGCUAUCAAUCUCGAGGACUCUGAUGUGUCACCACUAACCGCUUCGGAUUUUGAAGGUUGUGGUCCGCGUGUACAGAGAGAGUUUGUUGUUCACUUCUCAGAACUGUGUACAAUGAUAUCAUAUAUAGUUCGCGAGCGUUUCGGCCUUCGAACUAGCGCCGAACGUCGGAAAGCUGCGCUGCCUGAGGCUGAUGAAGCACUGGCAAACUGGUCACUGAAGCUUCCGGAUAGACUACGUCUGCGGGCGUCGGAUAUGGAUCCCUGGUCUGCCAUGCUUCAUCUUACGUACAAUAAUUUCCUAAUCCUUCUCCAUCGACCCCAUCCAAGGGCUUCGGCUUAUUCGGACGACUACGGCCCGCACGACGCCGAAAUUUGCAGUGCGGCCGCGGGUGUGAUUGCAUCGAUCUUCGAGGAACUUCGGUUACAUGAUCGACUCAAAUUCCUCUGGUACUCCGGUGUACAUACACUAUUUACGGCAAUGAUUCAAGUACGGGUUGAGCUACGGUUUUCCAAUCCAGUUCUAGCUAUCAACGCUCUUCGUCGGUUCGACUCGGCUUCAUACUCAUUGCGCGAGCUGGCCCAGUUCUGGUCCCAUGCUAGCACCAUUCUACGUCUGUUUGAGGAAUCUAGGCGACUCCAAGAAGACCUUCAGGGCCCAACGUCGGCCAACGAAGGAACCGGUCGAUUCGGCAAUAAUAAUGCGAAUAACAACACUUCUACCUCCCAGCAAAAAAGCACGCCUGCGGUUUUGAACUCAGUAAAUCUUAAUAACACGUCUAUACCCGCGAACAACCUGAUAUCUUCUUCCCAACCAAACGGACGAGUAUCCUAUGAUGUUCCUACCCCUGAUUCCACCACACAGCAGCCAUCAGCAUUGAGCCCGCAUACGGCUCAACCAUUGGACACCUGGAUUCCCUCUAAUAACUUAACCCCUAUGGAGUCGGUCGAAAGUCACCGCGAAUUGCUCGACUGGCGUCAACUUUUCUCUUUCAGUGACUUAGAGGGCCCUGUUCUCCCUUCGGUAAUGGAGGGAAUUACCGAAUUAGAAGACGAAUGGCGCCAGAUCUAUUGGCAGGAGACUCCAAUGUCGGACCUCUUACAGGAUGGUGGGUGGAUGCAUGGGUAA